CAUAAAAACAAAAAUGGACUUUUAGGUCAUAAUUGAAGGUUCGGGUUAGGUUUAAAAUUAGUGGUUAAGAAGAUAAAUUGUAGAAAUGGGCGGGUUUUAUGACUUCGUGGCUGUGGUAAGGUGACGACCGAAAAUCCCAGGCAGUACGAGCAAAGAUGGUGGAUGUCCUCUAGCUAGCUAAUAUUAGCCCAGUCGUAGUCACAGCCACUGUCUAACGUUUGUCAUUCAAUGUAACUCAAAAUGUCUGUUGCUUUUGUACCGAAAAGACAUAGAGGAAAAGCUCAGAUCAACCAAGAAACCAUCCAAAGAUUACUGGACGAAAAUGACCAGCUGGUAAGGUGCAUCACAGAGUACAUGCAAAAAGGACGCGCAAUGGAAUGUGUACAAUAUCAACAGAUCUUGCACCGCAACAUUGUUUACCUGGGAACCAUAGCAGACGCCAGCCAAACUUGGCUCCAACCACAAACAUCCCCACCAAUGGAGAGGCACCAACAUUGACAGCCCAGAAUGGACAUAAAGCUAUCAUACAUAUUAGGCAAUUUCUUUUAAUUGAUUCACAUUUUAUUGAACAUACAUUUUGCAAUUUUUUUCCUGACCUACUGCUGUAAAGUAUCAAGGUGCAUUUAAUAAUUGAGUUUGGGCAUAUUGAGCUUUUGCAGGAUAUGAACAUUACUCCCAACAGGUCAGUUCGUGGGCAAGUCCCCACCAGCAUUGUGAAGUUUGAAAUACACUACUAGGGGUAGCCUUAAUAUAAUAAUAAUUUAUGCCAUUUGCAGACGCUUUUAUCCAAAGCGACUUAGUCAUGUGUGCAUACAUUCUACGUAUGGGUGGUCCCGGGGAUCGAACCCACUACCCUGGCGUUACAAGCGCCAUGGACAAUGGCUAUUAUAUUACUGACAAGGGUUGCAAUUCAGUUGACUUAAGGUAAAAGAUGUUACAGCAAAGUUCUGACUUCAAGCCUGCUAGUUAAAACCAGACACCACCAGAGAGAACUAGAUGUACAACAGCCUACUAGGCAGCCUGUCACCCCUCAAAGUAAAGGAUCAUGCAUGAAGUCAUAGAAAAUACCACAAUAUUCAAUUGCUAGUAAUUUUUAUUCAUUUUUGUUGCAUUGCUGGUACACUUGGGAAGAUUCAGUUGCCAGCUCAAGAGAACAAGAAGCCAAGCAGUUCCCCUUCAUAUCUUCUGUCAGGGUUACUUUUUUUGUAGAUGCCACUAGUAAACCAUUUUGACACAGCUAAAAAAUGCUAACGGUUACAGUCCAAGGUCUUUAAAGAUGUAAAAAAAAAAAAGCAGCAAAAGUUUGGGAAAUAACACAGACAAUGCAACAAACCCUAUAUUUUGAUUGUGCAAAGCACAGAACUAUAAAAAGAUAUUUAUACAGCAAACAUCUCUGUAAACAUGGUAUGUUAGUUUUCAGAAAACAUUGUCAUUUCAUAAAUACAGGCAACAUUGGCAUCCGCAAACAUCAAAAAGUUAACAUUCUGGGCCUUUAAAUACAGCCCGUAGCCAUAGAAACUGAAGAAACAUGGGCAAAAAAAAAAUACCCUACAAUGUUUGUUUAUAAUGGCAUAUUUGGUAACCUUUAGAUAUGGUGUAGUUAAACUCUGAACUAAAGAAAUUAAUGUGCCUUCACAUCUUGGGGGGGGAUUGUGUUAAGUAACAUACAGUAAUUGUAGAACAUGUAAGAAAAUACAAAAAUAAGAUUAAUACUGUCAAUAUUUGUACGUGAAAAUAUUGUAUUUUAAAGGAACAAACAUUAGGUUUGAAUUAGUGUCAUUCUGAAGUGAACUGCCAAUCGGGGAAAGAAAAGGAAAUUAAUGCGCUUUUUGAUCAUAAAGACUUUCCCUACUGUUCUAGGGCUCGUAACUUUAUUAAUGAUCAAUAUAAUAAACUGACUUCUCUUCAGCACCAUUUAUCUUCUGAACAACACUUUGGUUGGAAAAUAAUAUUAUGGAAGUGCUAUUAAUACCAACAUGGCACAGUUACUGCUAUAUAUCUUUUACUCUGUCAGUUGUUGAAAAAGUAGUAUUUUUUUUUUCAAUUACACCUCUGCAAUGAUUAUAAUAUUUAUGCUGAGCCUGCUCAAAGCCUCUUAAUAAAAAGUAGUAAAUUAUUA